AGUCAGCAGCUACUAGUUUUACAAUCUGAAGAAAACAUUUUUUAAAAUGUACAAGUGAAAUAAGAGAAAGGACUCAGGGGCCAAGCUGGUUGCCCACAGGUGCCCCCACCCUGUCUCAGGAAGUGGACACCCAGUCCUGAGCCCAUCCCAAGGGGUCAGAGAUGGCGUUGACCCCCGAGUCCCCGAACAGCUUCCCUGGGCUGGCUGACACCGGCAACUCUGUGCCUGAGCCGCCUGGUGGCUCCAAUGCAACCCUCAACAGCUCCUGGGCCAGCCCGACGGAGCCCAGCUCCCUGGAGGACCUGGUGGCCACGGGCACCAUUGGGGCGCUAUUGUCGGCCAUAGGUGUGGUGGGCGUGGUGGGCAAUGCCUACACGCUGGUGGUCACCUGCCGCUCCCUGCGCGCUGUGGCCUCCAUGUACGUCUACGUGGUCAACCUGGCGCUAGCCGACCUGCUCUAUCUGCUCAGCAUCCCCUUCAUCGUGGCCACCUACGUCACCAAGGAGUGGCACUUCGGGGACGUGGGCUGCCGUGUGCUCUUCAGCCUGGACUUCCUGACCAUGCACGCCAGCAUCUUCACGCUGACCGUCAUGAGCAGCGAGCGCUACGCCGCGGUGCUGCGGCCCCUGGACACCGUGCAGCGCUCCAAGGGCUACCGCAAGCUGCUGGCGCUGGGCACCUGGCUGCUGGCGCUGCUGCUGACGCUGCCCGUGACGCUGGCCAUGCGGCUGGUGCGCCGGGGCCCCAAGAGCCUGUGCCUGCCGGCCUGGGGCCCGCGCGCGCACCGCGCCUACCUGACGCUGCUCUUCGCCACCAGCAUCGCGGGGCCGGGGCUGCUCAUCGGGCUGCUCUACGCGCGCCUGGCCCGCGCCUACCGACGCUCGCAGCGCGCCUCCUUCAAGCGGGCCCGGCGGCCGGGGGCGCGCGCGCUGCGCCUGGUGCUGGGCAUCGUGCUGCUCUUCUGGGCCUGCUUCCUGCCCUUCUGGCUGUGGCAGCUGCUCGCCCAGUACCGCGAGGCCCCGCUGGCGCCGCGGACGGCGCGCAUCGUCAACUACCUGACCACGUGCCUCACCUACGGCAACAGCUGCGCCAACCCCUUCCUCUACACGCUGCUCACCAGGAACUACCGCGACCACCUGCGCGGCCGCCCGCGGGGCCCGGGCAGCGGGGGAGGCCGGGGGCCGGUUCCCUUCCCGCAGCCCCGAGCCCGCCUCCGGCGCGGUUCGGGCCGUUCCCUGUCCUCCUGCAGCCCACAGCCCACCGAGAGCCUCGUGCUGGGCCCGGCGGCCCCGGCCAGGUCUGCGCCCGAGGGUCCCAGGGCUUCCGCGUGAGCAGCGGGCGGGGCGGCUGGAGUCCAGGCGGGUACGCGCCCCAAAGCCGCGGGCACUCCCAAGAGUCCCCCGCUCCCAACUCAGGCCCUGCCCCACUUCCUCAGUCCCCUUCCAGAAAUAUCCCGCUGGCUCCUCCUCAGCACCCUCCCCUUGAUGCCCCGAAGCACCCACCCGCCUCCCUGGGGAUCUCCUGGAGGCUCCACCCAGUCCCGGCUUCUGGAGUUCACGGAGGGCAGCAGGCGCCAGUGCCCAGCCGUGUGGAGACCGUGGCACGGCUGCUGCGGGCCGGGACUCUCCUCUCAGCCC